GUGACAACAAAAUGGUAGCCGCCAUAAUUCUCCAAAACAAAAUGACGCAUAUCUUUGAAAGUUAAAUAUUUUGUACUGGAGCGUUAAGUAACCGUAUCUUUAGAUCACGCUUGAAACCCUUUGAAAUGACGUCAGUCAAAGUUGCGGUCCGGGUACGGCCGCUCAAUAAAAGGGAGCUGGACCUGGAAAGCAAGUUUAUUAUCGAGAUGGAGGGAAAGAAAACAACCAUCACCAACCUCAAGAUGGCUGAGGAGAAGCUGGAUGGAGUGUCAGAGUCGACUCGUGAGGCCAUGAGGGUGAAGGACUUCACCUUUGACUUCUCCUUCUGGACGGUGGAUCCUCAGGAUGGGGAACGCUACCAUGACCAGGAGAUGGUAUAUCAAUCUCUAGGAGUUGAUGUGGUCGACUCAGCAUAUGAAGGCUACAAUGCGUGUGUGUUCGCAUACGGACAGACAGGUUCGGGCAAAACCUACACUAUGAUGGGACCACAUGAUGAUGCCGGCCUCAUACCCAGGAUCUGUCAGGACUUGUUCCACCGUAUGACUGAUGACACUACCAGCUACCGCACUGAUGUCAGCUAUUUAGAAAUCUACAACGAAAAGGUUCGAGACCUACUCAAGACUGUACCAGGACAAGUGAUACACAACUUACGGGUCAGGGAGCACCCUAAAGAGGGGCCGUAUGUGCAGGGUCUUUCAAAGUAUGUUGUGAACAGCUACCAAGAAAUUGAAGCACUCAUGCAAAGAGGAAACUCUGUGAGGACAACAGCGUCCACCAACAUGAAUGAUGUGAGCAGUAGAUCUCAUGCCAUCUUCACCAUAGUCUUCACACAGGCCACAAUAAAAGAUGGCAUUCCCAGUGAGAAGACAAGUAAGGUUCACCUGGUGGAUCUAGCUGGAAGUGAGCGAGCCACAGCAACUGGUGCCACUGGUGUGAGACUGAGAGAGGGAGGCAGCAUCAACAAGUCCCUGGUGUCCCUGGGAACUGUCAUCAAACAGCUGGCUGAUGUAUCAGAUAAGGGUUUGCGUACAGGCAAGGGCAGCUUCAUCCCUUAUCGUGACUCCGUGCUCACAUGGCUCCUAAAGGACAGUCUGGGUGGCAACUCUCGCACAAUCAUGGUUGUAGCGAUAUCGCCAGCAGACGUGAACUAUGCAGAGACUCUGAGUGCGUUGAGGUAUGCAAACCGAGCCAAGAACAUCAUUAACAGGCCAACCGUGAACGAGGAUAAGAAUGUGAAAAUCAUACGAGAGUUAAGAGAAGAAAUUGAACGUCUGAAGACACUGGUCGGAGGAAAUAUUGACAGCAUAUCUGCGCCCAAGGUGAAGGAGAAAUUACAGGAGAGUGAGGCCAGGAUGAAAGUGUUGACAGAAGAAUGGAGUGAGAAAUGGAAAGAUAUUGCCAGUAUUUUGAAGGAAACAGGAACUCUUGCCCUGAGGAAGGAGGGGGCGGGAGUGGUGCUAGAUUCUGCUCUUCCACACUUGAUUGGCAUCGACGAUGACAUUCUUAGCACUGGCAUCAUACUCUUCCAUCUUAAGGAAGGAAAGACCAGAAUAGGGAGGAGUGAUGCUGACCCCCCAGUUGAUAUUGUGAUCGCGGGAGAGGAAGUGGAGAGUGACCACUGCACAAUUGAGUACAACAACAACACUGUGACCUUGACCCCAUCACAGGACGCCAUGUGUCACGUCAACGGCAACCACGUCACUGAACCUACCAGCCUAACUCAAGGUGCCGUGAUAAUGCUGGGUCGCACAAACAUGUUCCGAUACAACAACCCUGCCGAGGCUGCCAAGAUGAAAGAAGAGCUCAGAAAGAGUGGCAUGAUUCCGUCCCUGUCCCGGACGUCUCUGAUCACAAAGUCUAUGGGCGACCUGUACCGUUCAUCAGAUAACCUCACGGGCAGCGGAUGGGAGCUGGACAGUUCACACCGAGAAGAGCAUGAAAAGAUAGAAGAACUACGGUGCCAGAUCAAGGUUCUAGAGGACCGUUACCAUGCAGAGGAGGAGGACAGGAUCAACACACAGGUUGCCAUGGAGAUAGAACUGGAGCGAAAACAGAACCAGCUGACCAAGGCUCAGAGAGAGCUGGAGCGUGUGCAACAGGAGGUCCUCCAGGUCCACCAGUCAGCCCAAGUGCAGGCCAAACUGCCAAAGGGUGUAGAGAUAGAUGAGAUGUUGUCACGGCUGACAGAGCGAGAGACAAUGAUACAAGAGGAGGCCAGAGUGACCAGUGAGGCACUGCAACAGAAAAUGGAGGACCUGAGAGCGACCAAUGAGACUCGCAAGAAGAGCGUCCAGGGGCAGAUAAUUGUAAUCGAGGACAAGUGUCGGCUCAAGGACACAGAGGUCAAACUGCUGCAGGAUGAGCUCGUGGUGAAGAAGAACGCAGCAUUUGAACAGGACUCAGAGGACCAAAAAGUAAUAGACAUAGAACAGCAGCAGCUUGAACACAUGAAGCAAGAUUUCCAUGUCCUUUUCCAUGCCCAGCUUGCAAAAAAUAAACCUUUGAAAGAGAGAUGGGAAGAAAUCGACAACACCCAUAUAGAACUUAUUGCUCAGUUUGAAAAAAAGGAAGGGGAAAUGAAAGAAAGAUGGGAGAAAACUGUGCAUGAGUUUGCUGCAGAAAACAAAGAGAUAGAAGAAGCCUGGAAAGAUCUGGCAGACCAAGACAAGGAAUGCAAUGAAGUGUUGAAAUCAGAUACUCUGAGUGAAAAAGAGAGGAAUGACAUUGAAUUGGAGAAAGAACAGCUGGAAGAGGCAAAGUCUUUACUGAAGCUAGAAGAACAGAAGAUCGCAACAAAACAAAGAAAGGUGCUGGAUUCGAUUGAAACUGAAAUGGAACGGUGGGAAAAGUAUAAGCAUGAAGAAACUGACAGGAUAAGUGAAAUGAAGGAAGAGUUGGCUAAAGAGUGUAACAGUCUUGAAGUGGAUCAGUUGAUGAGUAAAAUUCAUGACAAAGAAAGUAAUAUUCAAGGAAUGGUUACAGAUUUGAAAAGACAGGAAAUUACAGUGCUAGAGUUUGAAAAAGAAAUUGAAGAGAAACAGAAGAAGUUUAUCGAAGAAAAGGAAGAGUUAUUUAGAGAAAAGCAGGAGCUAAAUGAUAAACAAUGUAAAGCUGUGAUAAAACUGGAGCAAGAAAUCAUUGCCAUCAAUGAUGAACUAGAAUCUCUCGAUGUUAAACUGAGUGAGGAGCUCAAAGAAAUUCAGGAAGAGAGAGAAAGCCUGCUGUUGUUAAAGCGCUCCCGCAGCAUGGCUGACUCCGGUAUAGAGGCUGGUGACCUGGAGGAGCAACUGCAGCAGGUUGACCUGCCAGACUCACAGCAGGCCCGAAUAGACCAGAAGAGAAAGGAGUUAGAGGACCUGCAGGCUGCUGUGGACAGGGCCAAUGAGCAGUUAGAUGAGAAGGUUCGACAGUUUGACCAGGCUAGAGACUACGAGCUCGACAUCAUAGAGCUGGAGAAGGACAACCUCCAAGAGAGAGUCAGACAGGACAGGAUCAAUGCUUUGGUGGAGCAGGAGGUAAAACGGAGAAUGUUUGAGGAGAAACUGCAGCGUGAACAGAAACGUCAGCUGGAGCGCGACCGCGAGAGACGAGAACGCGAGGAGGAGAUCAAACGACUCAAGGAGGCCCACCACAGGGAAAUGAAGAAACUCAAAGACAGAUAUGAAAACAGAGGUGGAUCCAUAUCCCUAUCACCGUCCAUGUCCAACCCCUACGCCACAGUCAUGGUGAGUGAAAGUCUAUCACCGUCCAUGUCCAACCCCUACGCCACAGUCAUGUCAGCAGAUUCGGACAAUGAAGCCCCUCGAAGGAGAAGUACUGGCACGUUCAGCGUGAAUCCCGAUACUCCACCCACCAUUGUGAUCACCAUACCCAUGUACAGACUGCAAGCUUUUGGCUCUGACAGCCACUAUGAGUAUGAAGUUAAGAUUGUGAUCGGGGAGGAGGUGUGGUCUGUCAUGAGGCGCUACAGCAGGUUCAGAGAAUUCCACCAGGAACUGAGGGCCAGAAUACCAGAGAUCAAUGCCCUGGUGUUCCCGCCCAAAAAGUUGUUCAGUAAGACAGAGAAGGUAGCUGCCGAGAGACGCAAACAGCUGGAGUUCUACCUGCACAGUGUGAUGGAGAUCUGUACCAAGGUACCCACAUGUCCCCUACACGCCUCCAACAACCGCUUCCUCUCCAAGCACGUGUUCUGUGAGUUUGACUCCUUCUUCAGAAAGGGGCUGUUUGAGAACACGAAAUAUGGCACAACUUGAAGUGAAAUAUGGCAAAACUUGAACUCACCUGAGAACACGAAAUAUGACACCACUUGAAGUGAAAUAUGGCAAAACUUAAAGUGAAAUAUGGCAAAACUUGAAGUGAACUAUGGCAAAACUUGAACUCACUUGAGAAAAUGAAAUAUGGCAGCAUUUUAACUCACUUGAAAACAUGAAAAUAUGGCAAAACUUGAAGUAACUCAAGAACACCAUAAAUGGCACAAUGUGAAGUCACUUGUGAACACGAAAUAUGGCACAACUUUAAGUCUGUUGAGAACACGAAAUAUGGCACAACUUGAAGUGAAAUAUGGCACAACUUAAAGUGAUAUAUGGAACAACUUGAAGUGAAAUAUGGAACAACUUGAAGUGAAAUAUGGAACAACUUGAAGUGAAAUAUGGCACAGCUUGAAGUGAAAUAUGGAACAACUUCAAGUCACAUGAGAACAUGUAAUACGGCACAACUUGAAGUAACAUGAGAACACGAAAUAUGGCACAAAAAGUCACUUGAGAAAACAAAAUCAGGAACAACAUUAAGUCACUUGAGAACACAAAAUAUGGCAAAACUUGAGUCACUUGUGAACAAGAAAUAUGGCACAACAAAGUCAUUUGGAAGAA